UGAACAGCUAGUGUGAAUACUGUGGGCUUGUUUUUGGAACUCUGGAACAGUGAAACCAAUUCUCCUUCUCCAGUCUGUUGCUGCAGCUAUUUUGAAUCUGCUGGAUAAAAUACUUUAUAUUGUGAAUAAAAGGGAUAAUUUACACUCCUGAAAAAAUGGCAGACAUUCAGAACGGUGAUUCUUGCUCUUCAAGUCCACUCGAGCUGUUUGAAAGAGUGACUGCACAAGGAGAAAAAGUCAGAUCACUGAAAGCAGGGAAAGCAUCAACGGAGGAAAUCGAUGCAGCAGUGAAGCUGUUAUUGUCAUUAAAAGUGACCUAUAAAACAGCAACAGGACAAGAUUACAAGGCUGGUUCUCCUCCAGUAGAUUUCUCACCAGUAAGCAAUAAUGGUCCAAUUACUACACAGGAUGAGGAUUUUGUAGACCCUUGGACAGUGCAGACAUCCAAUGCGAAAGGUGUAGACUACGACAAACUUAUAGUUCGAUUUGGAAGCAGUAAAAUUGAUAAAGAGCUAAUCAAUCGAAUAGAGAGAGUUACUGGAAAAACACCUCACCACUUUCUGCGCAGAGGCAUCUUUUUUUCUCAUAGAGAUAUGAACCAAAUUCUUGAUGCAUAUGAAAAUAAGAAGCCCUUUUACCUUUAUACAGGUAGAGGCCCCUCCUCAGAAGCAAUGCAUGUUGGUCAUCUUAUCCCAUUUAUUUUCACAAAGUGGCUGCAAGAAAUAUUUAAUGUUCCCUUGGUUAUACAGUUGACAGAUGAUGAGAAAUACCUGUGGAAAGAUCUGACAAUUGAGAGAGCUUAUGAAUAUGCUAUAGAAAAUGCAAAGGACAUCAUAGCCUGUGGUUUUGACAUCAAUAAAACCUUUAUCUUUUCUGAUCUUGACUACUUGGGGAUGAGUUCAGGUUACUACAAGAAUGUUGUAAAGGUUCAGAAGCAUGUUACAUUUAACCAAGUGAAGGGAAUCUUUGGCUUUACAGACAGUGAUUGCAUUGGAAAAAUCAGUUUUCCUGCUAUCCAAGCUGCUCCGUCCUUUAGCUCAUCAUUUCCACAAAUCUUCAAGGACAAGAAAGACAUUCAGUGUCUUAUCCCAUGUGCCAUUGAUCAGGAUCCUUAUUUUAGAAUGACAAGGGAUGUAGCACCGAGGAUUGGAUAUCUUAAACCAGCCUUAUUGCAUUCAGUCUUCUUCCCAGCACUGCAAGGAGCACAGACAAAAAUGAGUGCUAGUGACCCCAACACCUCCAUCUUCCUCACUGACACACCCAAGCAGAUCAAGACAAAGAUCAACAAACAUGCCUUCUCUGGAGGUAAAGAUACUAUUGAAGAACACAGGAAGUAUGGGGGUAACUGUGAGGUAGAUGUCUCUUACAUGUAUCUCACCUUCUUCCUUGAAGAUGAUGACAAACUUGAACAAAUGAAGCAGGCUUACACAAGCGGAGCACUGCUCACAGGAGAGCUAAAGAAGGUGCUUAUUGAAACACUACAGCCCUUGAUAGCAGCUCAUCAGCAGAGACGCAAACAGAUCACAGAUGAAAUGGUGAAACAAUUUAUGACUCCACGGAAACUGGCAUUCGAUUUUUAAUGAUGUAGAUGUAAUUUAUCAAUAGGUAGAAAAUAGACUGAAUUAUUUUCUGUUGUAUGUCAUCAUCACUCCUUAAUUAUGCAAAGGCUGCAAUCUGAGCUUUAUAAAUGUUUUUAACAAGUUAUUUGCAGUUUACGAUCAGUGACUGUUUGGAGGAAUUGUUAAGACAUUAUUAAUAUCUGUAUUUAAAAAAACAAAACUUGUUAGGUGAGGUAUCAAUUUCAUAGUAACACAAAUAACAGCUGCCAGAUUCUUUCGCGAACCAUGUUAGUUAGCAGAGGACCCUAUUACUGUAUUUAAAUUGAAAAUACUAAAAUAUAAUAAUAAAAUUUCUAUUGUAAUGCUAAAGUCUAACUUGUAAAUUGUUCUAGAUAUGCUAGUAAGAGUCCAUAUCUCAGAAAGAGAAGAAAUUCUUAGUAGAUCCAACUUCUUUUAUCCUGUGUUUCUCAGCUUAAUUAAGUGGGUUAUAACGGUGGCUGCUCAGGGACAUAUUGCACAUACACAGUAGGUGAGUUUUUCAGGGUAAAUUGUACAGGAAUAUGUUCCCAAUGUUAAAUGGAUAUGGAGUAUACACAUCUCUGUUGCUAAAGCAGAGAACUGGGAGUCACACUGACUCUGCCACAGCCUUUUGGCAAGUCACAGAACCGCCUCUCCCUUCAUUUCCACAUCUGUAACAGUGGAGUGAUAAUACUUACCUCCCCAGACAUUGGCCAAGUUCACUUACGUUUGUAAAGUUUUUAUCCUCAGAUGGAAGACACCAUAGAAAUGCAAAUUACUUUUCCAUUGCCAGGAUCUAAAAUGCCUCAGAUUAUGCUGAGAAACCCCUUAUGACUGAGGUAUUUCUUUUAUAUUGAGCAUUUAUUACAAAAUCUACUUCCUCGAAAUAGCCCAUAAACUAUGUCCAUGUCCAGUUUCUUUAAGCAACAGACCCUUACAAUCUUUAAUGCAACACAUGCAAUAGCAAUACAAUCAAUCAACUGACAUUUUUUGAUAGUGCUGAAAAUAUUAUUCGUUAGACUGGAUCUAAAGUAUAACAAUUUAUGUGUAUUUAGAACUCAUACCUGUCUGGUUGAUAGAAUUGUAAAUACAGUUGGGCACUGAAAACAAUGUUAUGUUGUAAUAUUUGACAGUCAUUUAAAAUGAAAUCAAAGUAGCUAGGACUGUUUGUAAGAUUCCAUCCAUUAGAGGUUGAUUCAAUAAACUACACCUCUAUCCCGAUAUAAUGCUGUCCUUGGGAGCCAAAAACUCUUACCACGUUAUAGGUAAAACCACGGUAUAUUGAACUUGCAUUGAUCCACCGGACCAUGCAGCCCCCCCCCAGAGCGCUGCUUUACUGCGCUAUAUCUGAAUUUGUGUGAUAUCGGGUCGCGUUAUAUUGGGGUAGAGGUAUAUGUAUGUGGUAUGAAAGGUGAUAGGUAGUUUGAACCCCCUGAAAAAUCAAUUUGUCAGGACUUCCAUACCUGGGCACAUGCAUACCAAAGUCCGUGGUGGUUGUACAAUGAACAGUGCCCUAGUAGUCCUUUACCUAUGUAAAGGUACACACCCAACUUUUUUCAUACCUUACUAGAUAGAGCGUGUGACAAUCUGUACGUUGGGGGAGCACCCUGUAACCUCCCAUAUUCCUCGUCUGUAUACAAUUGUGAUCUUACAUAUAAAGCAUGCCUUGUAAGGUAUCGGGGAAAGGUUAUGAUCUUCUGUAUAUCAUUAAAGCAUGUGAAGUUAUGAGAAUUGUGUUGUAUGGUUGUCACUAAAACAUGCUGUAAAUUGGGGAAUCAGCCAGAUAUUAGCUCUCCAGAGGCAACAGCAAGGAAGGUAACCAACGCCCGGGCGGGGUGUCAAACAACCCAUCAACAGCCAUUGUCCAGCAAGGGAGCUACAAUUCAAUGACUCACCUGCAUGAGGCUACACAAAGGGGAUUGCUCAGCUUUGCCUGGAGACUCAGCAAUGCCCCCCAGACAUGCCUGGACUUGUGUUCUACAAGCACAUGGACUGAGGGUAUAAAACUUAACACAGGGGGCCCAGGCUUGGCCUUUCUCCUUCACCCACCUAUGCUGCAAGCAACAAGGACUCAAUCAA